AACCGCCGUUCCCCGCCGGCACGUGCUGGCUUCUCGGCGUCGUCGCGCGCUUGGCACUUCCUCUCGUUUGGAAGCAAGGGGAGGGGCUCGCUCUUCCUCUCUCUCUCUCUCUCUCGCUCUUUCUCUGUUUCUCUGUCCGCUGAAGGAGAUGCCGAACCGCAAGAAAGUGCGGAACGCCUAUUUCUUCUUCGUCCAAGAGAAAAUUCCGGAGCUGAGGCGGCGUGGCCUGGUGGUUGGCGGCGUGGCCGAGGCCGUCCCCUACUGCUCCGACGACUGGGCGGCCCUGAGUGAGGACCAAAAAGAAAAGUAUGCAGAAAUGGCUCGUCAGUGGAAAGCUAAGACAUCUGAUGUAGCAGCAGCAAAGUCAUCCAGUGAAGUUCCAGCACCUCUUCCAACAAAAACCCAGAAUAGAGUUUCUGCAAACCUCACAAGUUCUCUUACAAAGAGAGAGCAAGAUGUGCUUGAAACCUCAUUCUACUUCCUGAAUAUCUUGAGCCAUGGAAUGCUGCCCCGUGAUUGCAGUCAGCGUUUUCUUCCUUGUGAAAUUGCCUGCGUCAAAUAUUCUCUUAAGAAAGGCAUAAUUGCUGAGUUCCAUCGUUUUAUAGAUCCUGGAGAAGUGCCAAGAGGCUUUCGAUUUCAUUGCCAAGCUGCAGCCGACGCUACACACAAAAUUCCUAUAUCGGGAUUCGACCAUCCAACCACAGAUCGUUCUGUUUUGAUUUGUGAACUGUACACAUUCAUCCAGCCCUGUUGGGGCACAUGGCCACUUAUAUAUUGUAAGUCUGAUGAUCACUAUAGAGUCAACUGGUGCUUGAAGCACAUGGCUGAGAAAGCAGGCACAGUAAAUCAUCUGGAGCUCCUCAAUGUGGAGGAUCUUAUUGUAGAAUUAUAUUCUAAAAAACUUCAAAAAGAACCUUCCAAGACCUGGGUGUGCAGCACACUGGAUUCCUCUAUGUGGGAUUUUUCAGCCAAUACUAGGUGCCAGUGGCAUGAAGAAAAUGAUGUACUAUUCUGUGCUCUUGCUACUUGCAAAAAAAUUGUAUACUGCAUCAGCAAUUCUCUAGCACCUAUAUACAACAUACAACUGACCACAGCUCAUUUACCUCUGGAUGAGAGACCAUCCUCAAAAACAGUGAAUGCUAAGACGGUUGUAUUGAAUGCUAGGCGUUUUCAGAAAGCUGAGGGCACUGUAAAUAAUAGGCACAUCAGAUCACCACAUCAGAAUGCAGAUACUGGUAAUUAUCCUGCAGGAGUGAAAACAGCGUGUGAACCAAGCACUAGAUGCGGAAGAGGAAUUGCACGGUUCUUUGCACAAGCAGCCCAGCCAAUAGAAGCUCACACUAAAGAAUCUCCUGGCAAGGACAACUCUUUUUAGGAUUCCUGCCAUCAUUGAGAAUUGAAAGGCAUUACAAUGACAAAUGUUUCACAUUAAAUGUUUGUUCCCCUUAAUUAAUGUUUACAUCCUAUGAUUUGACAUUUUCCUAAAUGUUAAAAAGUAAGAAAGAAUUAAGUUGGUCUACAGCAGGUUGUAAUGAAUACUUCUCAGUACCUUUGUGAAUUUAGUAGAAAUGAGAGAAGAUGGGGUAAAGUGAAACCAGUAGUAAAGUAUUCUUAAGCAAUUUCUGAAUCAGUGAAGACUGUUGUAUGCAGUUUGCAGACAGAAAAACUGGCAUUCUGGUAUUUACACCUGGUAUUCUGUGGUAGCAUACUUGCUCUGCGUGUAACAUAAGAAUCCUUCAAUUGUAAUUAUUUUAGUUGCUUUAAUGAAUCCGUCCAUUCCCAAAGACUGGGAAUGUGUUUUGUACAUUGUUUCUAUAAAAGAGCUUAAAUUAGCUAUAUAUUGUUCAAAUAGAAUCAAAGAGUUGAUAGUUAAAAAAAAAACCUAGAAACACUUCCUCCCCCAAAGUUUUAAAGUUCUAAUUUAGUAGAACAAUGUAGUUAAUCCUCUUUUUUUAUCCUCCCUUGAUGUAAUCCAAAUUAUUAAGCAUUCAGAAUGCUCAAGGCCCUAAAUAUGAUAGACCAGUUUUAUGUUAUAAAUUCAGUUAUAAUUGAGUUUGAUGUGUUCUAUGCAUGUUUCUUGGUGUCAAAAUAUAUUUUAAGUUAGGGUUGUUGUAGGUUUUUUCGGAAACCUAAAAAAAGGGUUUAUGACCAGGGUGAGACAAAGGACUCUUGUCUGCUGAAUAAAAUCUGGCUACCAGUAUUAAAAAAACUCAAAAAUUACAACAGCACAACAAGAGAGAGGAAUAACCUGAAUAACCUGUUAUCUCUGAUCUGUUAGAAAAAAUGAGAUUUUUGCCAAUGCAUAAAGAACAGCAGUGCUUCAGAAGUGUUUUUCAGUGCCCAAAAAACAGCAUGUUUUAUAUCAUUCACUCAGGAGACAAAAAUGAAGUAAACUUGAAUAAGAAUAAGAUUUGGUUUACUCACAACCUUCAUGAGUUCAGUAUUCAUAGGUAUAAAACUUAUCAGUCCAGUUUCAGAUAUGUUUGAGAUAAUUCUCUGUGCCAUCUGGCCAGGACAUCUCUUACAAGCAAGUGUGUGAUCUGAGCAAGAUCCUUUCUAAAAUGAAUCCGAGAGAUAUCUUGGAGACAUCGUUCACAUGCAUAUUCCUCGGCAUACAGUCAUUUUCCAUUUUAGCCACUGCUGACUUUGAAAUAUGUUGCUACUAUCUGGAUGGCCCACUUUGUCCUUGACAGUGCCAUACCAUGAAAUCUUCUGCCUUGGAUAUGAUGCAAAGAAUGAAGGUAGCAGCCUUUCUUUUCUCCAUGUACCUCUCUUGUCCUUUCUGUCGCCUAAAGAAGGCUUGUACUGCACUGGGGUGCCAUUUACACUGACCAUUUAAUGCAGUUUUUAAGUGAGUCUUCAAACAAACACCUACAAAAGCAUAUGAAAGAAAGGCCUUAAUGUGCAUUAGUACAGAGUACUCACCAUCUGGGCCUCAAAAUGGUUUCAGGAUUCCCUGUGUAAUCAUGUGCCCAGAUAUUGGAAGUAUGAUAGCACUUCAGUUAUCUGAUUCGUGGUAUGGUUACGUUUUUUCAUUAGUUUCCAGAUUUCUAUUUCAAAAGUUUGACUUUGGGGUCGAUAAAGCAAGAGGAAUGAACUUUUCACUACCGUACAUAUAUGGCUCAUAGUUUGCAAAAAAAUAUUGCACGAAUUUGAGUUGACACUAAUACAGUGUUAUGAUCUCUUUUACAUUCUUACCAGGACAUGUAAUGAAUUCAUCACUUCAGGAAUAUCUCAAUCGUAAUAGAAGCAUAUGGCCUUACCAAAGUUUGGAAACUUGAACUUAUUAUGGCUGAGGGAUUCAUAGAGCUGUAGUCCAAUGUGUCAUUAUUUUAGAGAUGAAGAAUGCUCAUUUAGACUUUUGACUAUGUUGGUCGGUAUUUGUGCAGAUUUUUUCUUAAGCUCUGACACCCAAGAAGCUAAUGUUUUAAGAAUCACUUUAUAGGUCCCUUCAAAUUGGAACAAAGAAUACUGUUAUUAACGAAACCUUGUAUUAUCUGUUCACUCACUUUUUGUUAGCUCUUGUGUAAUUCCUAACAAUCUGUUGUAAUUGCUACUUUCAAGAAAUUCCAUACUUCUAGAACUGCAGGUGAAUGCAGGCUGCAAGAUGUUUUCCGAGAUCUGAGACGUGUCAUAUUACUUAGUUCCUGUGCAUUUUGUAUUAUGACAAAAAUUGUCUCACAAAGAUGCAACGAAGUAAUGAACUUGACCAUUAAGACUAUUAUUGCAUAGGAAAACAUUAUUCCACAAAUGUUUGUUAGGUUUCUUCUUUAGUUUAUUUUGCAACAGGAAACCCAUUUACAGCACUAUUCUAAGAACUUGGGAGGUUCUCCACAAGCAGCAAAGUGUGUGUGCCCUGUUUAGAGUUUUCCUUUUACUUUGGAAUAAAAAUGUCAAUCUGGCCAGUAUGACUAAUUUUCCAGGAUUUGUUUUUUGUAUCUGUUGGGUAAGAUGAUAUAGGAAAUUAGUGAUGUGCUGCUCUAGCAAAUGCUGAGAAAUAAUGAACAAGAAAGUCUAGCUGCAUAAAAGAUGUGUAGACAUGACCACAAAGAAAUAUAAAAUCAAAUUGCCCUGAAUUAGAAUUCUGUAAGUACAUCUGCACAUUUUUUUCAACUUUUUUUUGGUAGGCUGACUAUUCAUUAGGCUAAUUUUCUUGGGGUAAGCACUUGCAUUUGU